AGUUCAUGAGUUUAUUGCAAUUCUCGAAUUCUGUUUGUGUUUAUAAAAGAUAAACUGAACUUUAUUGUUUUCUUUUCAACUCUUACAAGUUCUUGAGUAAGAUUCAUAUCUAUUCAAUUUACAUGUAUUGAAACAACACCAAGAAAUAGUUUUUUAUAUCUAAAAUUAACAUCAUGUAGUUUGGUUACAACUACAAAACUAAUAAUGUGAUAUUGCUCUCGAUUCAUUCAUCAUCAUUAUGAAUUCAUUAACAACUUAUGUACAUUAUUAUUACAUUUUCUUGUUUCAUUUAUUAUCUUCCAUCAAAUCCGACCUAAUGAACAAUUCGAUCCAAUUAAAUGCCAAAAAUGACACUUUCAAUGUUGGAAUAUUAAUGGUUAAAAGAUACGAAAAAGAUGCUGUUCGAUUUGAUCUUGUACAUAUUGGACCAGCGAUUGACAUUGCAAGAGAAAAGUGUCAAAGAUACUAUGAUAUUAAUCUAAUAACGAAAGAAGGUUAUUAUGAUGGUACAUGUAAGGAAAGAGAAGCAAUUGGUCGAGCUUAUGAUCUAUUGGAAAAAUACAAGGAUAAUCUUGUUGGUUUCGUUGGACCAGCUUGUAGUAAUGAUCUUCAGUCGGUCUCUCAACUUGCCGCUUAUAAACAUAUUCCAAUAUUAACUGGACUUGGGGAUAUAAUUUUGAGCCACAGGUCAGAUUUAAAUUCACUGAUACGACUCUCAUACGAUAUGAAGGAUAAGGCUCGAGCGAUAUUGGCAUUUCUCGAUUAUUUUAAAUGGUCAACUUUUGGCCUUGUCUACAGAUACGGUGACGUUUAUUACAAUACUUUAGCCGAUGUACUUUUGAAACUUCUUAAAUGGCCUAAAUAUUCACAUUUUAAAUGCUCUUGUCGUGAGACUUAUUUUCGUGAUUCUGAUAAAAAUAUUCUUACAAAUAUUGGUAAAGUAUUGGAAAGGAUGACCACUUGCUCUCGAAUUAUCAUUAUUUUGGGUGGAGAUAAAGAUGUUAGAACUAUCUUAUUGAAAGCUCAUCAACAGGGAAUGACUCAAGGAGAUUAUGUAUUCAUUUAUCCAGAACUAAUUGAAGCUGAAGCUCUUGGAAAUAUGAGUUGGUCUCGAGGAGUCGAAGAUGAAUCGAUUGGUUCACAAUUAAAAAUUGCUUAUCAAUCUCUUUUAAUUGUAAGCCUUAAUCAACCUCCGGGUGACCAUUAUAAAAACUUUUCCGAUGAAGUUAAAUCUCGAGCUGAUCGUGAUUACAAUUAUCAAUACAAUGAACAAGUGGUAAACUAUUUUACUGCAAGUUUCCAUGAUUCAGUUCUACUUUUAUGCCGAGCCAUCAGGGAAACUUUGAAUGACCAUCAGAAUCCCUAUGAUGGUCAACUUCUUGUCCAGCGAAUGAGAAACUUAACUCUUAAUGGUAUUUCUGGAGAUAUAACCAUAGAUGAUGAAGGUGAUAGGAUAGCUGAUUAUGCUCUUCUUGACCAGACCAAUAUUGAUAAUGGAUUAUUUGAGGUUGUUUUACGCUAUUAUGGGGCAACCAAAAAGUUCACCAAAGAGAAAGAAAUUAAAUGGCCUCCGGGUGAAUUUGGUGUAAAACCAAUGGACAUUCCCGAGUGUGGAUUCAAUGGAGAUACUUGUGACCAGGAUCUACCCUAUUGGAAUAUAUUGUUGACCAUUUUCUUGAUUAUAAUUACACUUAUUCUUACAGCUUCUUUGUUCAUCUAUCGUAAAGUCAAAUUGGAAGCUGCUUUGGCUAAUAUGUCUUGGAAAGUUCGUUGGGAGGACAUUAUUCUUGACCAUGGUCCACGACAAUCGUUCAUGAGUAAAAUUACAACAUCAAGUCAGGGUGAAUUAAAUGAGAUGCGUUGUAAUGAAGGAAAAAUCUUAUGUGCCCAUUACAAGGGUAAUCGGGUCGCCAUUAAAAAACUUCCUUCCCAAAGGAUUGAGGUCACCAGGGAGAUUCUCAUGGAAUUGAAAAUUAUCAGGGAGACUUCCCAUGAGAAUUUGGCUCGUUUCAUUGGGGCUUGUAUUGAUGUUCCAAAUGUAAUCUUAACCGAAUUCUGUCCCAAAGGCUCAUUACGUGAUUUAUUGAUGAACUUUUCUCUUAAUUUGGAUUGGAUGUUUCGAUUUUCCUUGAUUAAUGACAUAAUCGCUGGAAUGUGUUACCUUCACAGUAGCGAGCACAUUUACCAUGGAAGAUUAAAGUCGACUAAUUGUUUAGUUGAUUCUAGAUUUUGUAUCAAAUUAUCUGAUUUUGGUUUGGAGAAACUUAGAAUCGCAGCUUCAUCAAACCCUUCAUCUCAUGAACAUCAACAUAAUCAGAAUAAAUGUUCAAUCAAGACAAUAUCUUCCAACACUGAGCCUCAUCUAACUGUCUCAGUUGAAACAAAUGGUAUCAUUUCCAGCGGUCAUUCUGACCCUUACUCGAUACUUUAUCUAUCACCUGAUUUACUUAACAAGGACAUUAAUACUAAAUCGAAUCAAAACUCAACUAGAAUAAAUGAUGUAGAAAAGGCUCGAAAUAGAACUCGGUGUAGAUGUUCAGAAGUUUCCAAGUACAAACUGAGACGUUGUUAUGAUUGCGUUUAUCGAGGACAAAAGGCAGAUGUUUACAGUUACUCGAUUAUAUUACAAGAGAUUAUCACUCGAUCAUUUCCAUUCCAUCCUUAUGUUUUAUGUAUGGACAUUCAGACAAUCGCAAAUAAUGUUGUUCGUCACGAUCUUAGACCGGAUGUACCUCUCGAUUUAUGUGAAAAUAAGGAGCUUUAUCAUCAUAUGGUUCGAUGUUGGUCUCGUGAACCUCAUUCAAGGCCUGAUUUUAAUCAGAUUAAGCGAGAGAUCAGGUUAAUCGCUCGAUUAAGUGGUCAGAAUGAUGAUUCAUUGGAAAAUGUUACACUAACGGAGAAAUUGUUACAAAGAAUGGAACAAUAUGCAAAUGAGUUGGAGUCCAUAGUUGAACAAAGAACUGGAGAACUUGCUGAAGAGAAGAAGAAAACUGAAGAAUUAUUAUAUCAAAUUCUACCAAGGAUAGUUGCGAAUCAAUUGAAAAUCGGAGAGAGUGUCAUUCCUGAUUAUUACGAUUCUGUGACAGUUUAUUUCAGUGAUAUCGUUGGAUUUACAGCAAUGUGUUCUGAUAGCACUCCAAUUGAAGUGGUCAAUUUCCUUAACGAUUUAUAUACCUGCUUUGAUUCAAUCAUUUCCGAUUAUGAUGUCUACAAGGUUGAAACAAUAGGCGAUGCAUAUAUGGUUGUUUCCGGUUUACCUGAAAGAAAUGGACCGGAACAUGUUCGACAAAUUGCUCGAAUGUCCUUACAGAUAUUACGAUCAGUUGAUGGGUUCGUUAUAAGACACAGAAAAGAUGAGAAAUUGAAACUUAGAAUCGGGAUACAUUCAGGUCCAUGUUGUGCUGGUGUUGUCGGUAAUAAGAGGCCAAGGUACUGUCUGUUUGGAGAUACUAUUAAUACAGCGUCUCGAAUGGAAUCGACGGGAGAAGCUUUGAAAAUUCAUAUAAGUUCAGCAACGAAAAUGCUUCUGGACAAAUUCGAGCAAUUUAUCAUAGCCGAAAGAGGAGAUGUUAUAAUAAAAGGUAAAGGGAUCAUGAGAACCUAUUGGCUUCUCCAUGAAGAGAUUCCGAUUAAUCAGCAACAUGAUACUCAGCAAUCAAUUAAUGGUUGAUAAUUUAUUCCUUUGAAUAACUUAUUCUAAAAUAUUAUAUCAUUAAUGUGUAUCUACGGUAAAGCUAACAAGAAAUGAUUAAAUCUUUUUUCUAUUCUUAUCAAAGUAUAAAUAGUUUUCUAUUGAGAAAUUCUGAUAACGAUAAUUUCUUGGAUUAAAUUCAGACCUUAUAUUAGACUGUGACUUUUAGAUUCACAUAAUUGGUGUUGAUUUAGAGAUAAAUUUAGGUAUUAGUUAGAAAUCUAAAGUUAGUUAAUUGUUAUUAUCGGUUGAGGUUUGAAUGUUUAAUUCGCACUUGAUUUAAGCUUCAAAAUUGAUUGAAAUUACUAAUGGUGAAAGAAUUUUCUGUUCACUAAGACUCAUUCAAUUCUGUGGUUUGAAUUGUAUCACCAUGAUAAUCAGCUGAAAGAGAAGAAUGAAGAAAAUCGUAAGACCUUGUUGUUGAGAAAAUAUCAAAUAUCUGGAUAAACUUAUUAAUCCAUAGGACUUUGAUAAAGAUUAUUAAGAUUCUAUUGGAAUGUUAAACGUCACAUUUUGUUAAUGACAAUUCUAAUUGAUAGAUGGAAGAGAAAAGUAUAAAAUGAACGUUAAUUGUUAAAAUGAGAGAUAAAUUUACCGUUAAGUCAGUUGAUGAUCGGCGGUCGAUCAAGUCUACUUACAGUGUUAAUUGAUUGACGUGUGUUGAAAUAUAUAAAUAAGUCCAAGUCCGUGUUAACCGUUAUCCUCGUUCAUUCAUAAUUGUAAUAC